CGCUGAGACCAUUAGAAAGGUUAGACAACUCCUUCAGCAAUAUAACCUAACACGAGAGGAAAUAAAGGCAGUGGACAAUGCAAUGGAAAUGGACCAACCAGAAUACAACAAUCAACUGUCACUGUGCAGCCAGUCAACGACUGGAAAUCAUGUUGACCUUUGGCCUCUGAAAGAUCACAUGUUUGUUCUCGCUGAGCUGAAGCUGGUCAAUGGAAUGAUGACAUCAACUUUUACUGCUUCAUCAGAGAUAGGGGCAUUAGUUAACUAUGGGAGUCAGUUUACUCCUGUGUCACCGAUAGUUUUAGCAAAACUGAAAGCAAAGUGUGAAGACAAAAGUCAAGAAGCUGUCAGUAACACUUUGUGUGAGAUACUCAGUGAUCUGUACCAACAACUGUGGACCAACACCUCCGCUACAGGACUAAACUGGUGGUUAAACUGGUCCUCAUCCCCUCAGAGCACAACAUCAAGUAUUGAAAGGACCAGAGAAAAUUGGAGUCCAGAAAGUCUUCAUAAGUCAGUACUAAGUCAGACUGCCUACCACCUGAUGUGUGGAGAAUCUGAGGAAACACUAAAGCCAUCACAGGACAGACAUCUCACUAUUCAUGUUUCCCUGAGAGACUUAAAAUCAAGGCUUCACAAAUUACAGAUCCUGUCACAGCACAUCUGGUCUCAAGGUUAAAUGUUGUGUAAAGGGAAUCUCAAAACUAGGAAAUUGUUGAGACAGCACAAUGUCCAACUGUUUGUAUCAAUACUUCACUCCACUGUGGCAAUGUUUAAAACCAAGGAAUCAGAAGAUAAAUACAAACAGAGUGUGUCUGAGUUCAUCACCUGCCUCCAAAACAAAGAUACCUCUCAUAGGGACAGUGAACAAAUAAUCCAAACCAUAACAGACCUCCUGCAUGGAGUUAUGGGUCCUGAUCUAUUUAUAGUCAGGGAGUGUUUGAGUGGAAUACUUGCCGUUUCUGAUGAUGAGGCUGAUAUGAGUACAGUAGGGAGACAGUGGGUGUAUGUAGGUCUACUGGGCAUGCUCCUCCACAAACCAAGGUCACCUGUUGAUCCCGUGGUCAAAACACAGAUCAAACUACAGCUAAAGCAAAGGGAGCUGGAGGAGAUCAAUACAGAUAUUGAGGUCAAGGUCAUUCAUCACAGACAAAUGACAGGUCUACAUCUGCUGGACACGCCCUCCCACCUACAACAUCCUCUGAUCCUCCACUUGAUUGACAGGAGGGAGAAGUUACAGAGACAGAUAGAGGCUUUACAGUCCCGGCAGGCCUACAGACCAAGUGCUUGUCAGUACAAACAACUUUUGAAUAUGAUAAGGGACUUUGACAGUACCAAAGGAUCUGCCACUCACACAAUUCAGCUGAUGGAAAAAUUAUUAACAAUUUGUAAAUCUGGAGAAUUAUCCAAUGAGAUUGCAGAAGAGAGGACCUGGCAGAAAACUCACCAGCGAUUGGUCAGUUCCCUGGAGGAGGAGUUCCCUUUGUACAGAGACAUCACCACACCCUUCAUAGUCGCCCUCCAACAGGUGAGAUGUGGGAUGAGGCUUAUAGCUGGCUGUGCAACAGAAGCAAACAAUGCACAACAAUUGACAGACAGACUGAAAGUGACCAGUCAGGUCCAUGAGACAGUUGGUCACAUCAGGGAAGCAGCUCAUCUGUUGGUAAAGUUCCCGUUCAUUUCAUCAGAUGUAUUCAGCAGUUGGAAGCUAGCUCAGAAAAUCCUGUUAGUAGAGAGACUGGUGUCUGGUUGUAGGGGUCAGGUGGAGGAGAACGGGACAGAGCAAACUUCAAGACUUUACCUUGGUGCAUUGUUUUUACUGCGGAACUCAGCCAUGAUGAGAAAAGAAUUAAAUAGAGAGAUUCUGAUGUCUCUGCACCAAAUCUUCAAUCGUUUUGUGUUGUCAUGGAAACAUCAGGAGGAGAUACGACGUCAGAAAGAGGCUGAUGAGGGUCUAUAUAAAUACAAGACAAAUCUCCACGGCGAUGACAGAGACAAUGAUGUGAUAGAGGAGGAGGAAUUCAGACAGAACUUUCCCUCCUUUCAGCAGGAUUUCCAAGACUUGAUGACACCCUACUCUCUGGAAGACACUGGUUUAUCUGAGCCUUUGGAACCGGAAAUAGAUGACGCAUCCCAGAGAGUGACUGACAGGGAAGUGGCAGCUGUAAGCCACACCCACCAGCUACUGUUCUCAAGUCUGUCCUCCUCUGAUUGGCUACAACAAAGUCAUGUGACAGAGGUCAUGACCAAGGAUAUCACAGAGCCCUCAUUGUUGUGCUAUAGCAUUGCUGCACCUUUGUUUAGAGGGCAGUGGAACUUGUCAGAAGUAGAAAGGCAGACAUUAGGAAGCCACCUGGUGGCCAGUCAGACACUACAAGAGGACAUAAGUCUGUAUAUGAUAAUCAGGCUGAGAAAUCAUCACCAGGGUUAUGAUGUUUACCGUGACCCUAACUUGUCAGAGGUCAUUCAGUGUGUUCCUAUACUACAGAGACUGAUGGUCAGAGUAAGAGAACUUCAACAGGAGUGGCCAGACCACCCAACACUAAUACAG